GCCGGGCUUUCGGCGGGUUUUCCAGCAAGAAAAAUGUCUGUGGCCAGCGAUUUCUACCUGCGCUACUACGUUAGGCAUAAGGACAAGUUUGGACACGAAUUUUUGGAGUUUGAGUUUCGGCCAGACGGAAAACUUAGAUAUGCCAACAACAGCAAUUACCAAAAUGAUGUCAUGAUCAGAAAAGCGGCAUAUGUACAUGAGAGUGUAAUGGAGGAACUGAAGAGAAUUAUUGACGACAGUGAAAUUACAAAAGAAGAUGAUGCUUUGUGGCCUCCCCCAGAUAGGGGUGGUCGACAGGAGCUUGAAAUUGUAAUUGGAUUUGAGCACAUUUCUUUCACCACAUCUAAAAUAGGUUCUCUUAUUGAUGUAAAUCAGUCAAAGGAUCCUGAAGGCCUUCGAGUGUUCUACUAUUUGGUACAGGACCUGAAAUGUUUAGUUUUCAGUCUUAUUGGAUUACAUUUCAAGAUUAAACCAAUUUAAAUUGUA